AACAUCUUCUUCUUUUUCCUCCAAGAGAUUUUUUUUAUUCCAAACACUUUUCCUCUGUGGCGCUGCGCGGAGUUUUUGUGCUCAUGGAUCGGCCACUUUGCGCCUCGGCUCCGGAUGGGAUUUGGCAGCUGUGAGCGGGGCGCGGCGGAGCGGUGAUGGUGUGAAAGCCACAUCCAAACAAACCCGCAGUUUUUAACGCAGGAGUUUCACAUCUGGUAUACUGGGCCAGUCAGCAGCAGGAUCAGGAUGAGAAGAUGGCUGGCUGUGUGUUUCCAAUGGGACCAGAGAGCUUUCAGCGCUUCACGCCGGACUCCCUGGCGGGCAUCGAGCAGCGCAUUGCCCAGGAGCGGGCCCGACGCAACAAACAAUACCAGGAGGACCUGGGCGACGUGGAGCUCCCCCGGCCCCGGCCCGACCUGGAGGCAGGAAAACAGCUGCCGCGCAUCUUCGCCGACAUCCCGUCUCAUCUGGUGGGUGUUCCCCUGGAGGACAUCGACCAGUACUACUUCAAAGACAAGAGGACCUUCAUAGUCCUGAACAAAGGGAAGGCCAUCUUCCGUUUCAGUGCCACAUCAGCUCUCUACAUCUUCAGCCCUUUCCACCCCAUCCGCAGAAUCGCCAUCAAGAUCCUGGUCCACUCAUUAUUCAGUUUGUUCAUCAUGUGCACCAUCCUGACCAACUGUUGCUUCAUGGCCAUGUCCGAGCCGGCAUACUGGGCCAAAUACCUGGAGUACACCUUCACAGGUAUCUACACGUUCGAGUCUCUCAUAAAGAUCUUGGCCAGGGGUUUCUGUGUGGGGCCCUUCACUUUCCUGAGGGACCCCUGGAACUGGCUCGACUUCAGUGUCAUCGUCAUGGCAUAUGUGACUGAGUUUGUGGACCUGGGUAAUGUGUCAGCCUUAAGGACGUUCAGGGUGCUGCGAGCGCUCAAAACCAUCUCUGUCAUCCCAGGCCUGAAGACCAUUGUUGGCGCUCUGAUCCAGUCAGUGAAGAAACUCGCUGACGUGAUGAUCCUCACCGUCUUCUGUUUGAGCGUCUUCGCCCUCAUCGGCCUGCAGCUCUUCAUGGGAAACCUGCGGCAGAAGUGCGUCCGCAGCACGGCACACUGUGUCAACAGCAGCCUGCCGGCCAACACCACCUUCUAUUGCAACAACAAGACCUGGGCCUCCAUGAAGGACUUCAUCAACGACGAGGAAAACUUCUACAAGGUGGAGGGAGCCAAGGAUGCCUUAAUCUGUGGGAACAGCAGCGACGCAGGAAAGUGCCCAGAUGGGUUUGAUUGUCUGAAGGCAGGGAGGAACCCCAACUAUGGCUACACCAGCUUCGACACCUUUGGGUGGGCCUUCCUGUCUUUGUUUCGCCUGAUGACACAAGACUACUGGGAAAAUCUCUACCACCAGACGCUGCGGUCAGCUGGUAAGACCUACAUGGUGUUUUUUGUGGUGGUGAUUUUCCUGGGCUCCUUCUACCUGGUCAACCUUAUCCUGGCCGUGGUUGCAAUGGCAUAUGAGGAGCAGAACCAGGCGACCAUCGCCGAGGCAUGCCAGAAAGAACGGGAGUUUCAGACGGCCAUGGAGAGGCUUAAGAAGGAGCAACAGGCUGCUGCCCAGAAAAUUCUCGACUCGGACUCAAUGAUGUCACCAGAGCUCUCACCAUUUGGCCUGCCAUUGGACAGCAUGGAGGAACGGAGGCGGAGUCAAGCACUGGUGGGAGUGGCUGAUGUGGAGGCGAACCUAUCAGAGGAAAAGCUGCUGCAGGUGGACAUGACAGACGGGGGAAAGCCCCUCCACCCUCUUCUCGCUCGCUCCUUCUCCACAAGGACUCGGCGAAGCAGCCAGGUCUCCUCCAUCUUCAACUUCCGUCUGAGGAGCCGGGGGUCAGAGGGGGAGAUGGCCGAUGACGAGUACAGCGUCCCAGGUGACGUGGUGGAAGGCGUUGGGGGUCGAACCUACAGUGGUGGGACCUUCAGUGGCAUCCUGCCGCACCCGUGGCCCAAACGACGACCAAGCACCUACAGCAAUGCCAGCAGGAGCUCCCAGGUAUUUUAUCCAACUCUGAACGUCAACGGGAAGCUGUUUGUUGCCAUGGACCAGAAUGGGGUUUCCCCACCAUCUCUGCAGGGGCAGCUGCCUGCCUGCACCAUGGAGAAGGUCAAGGAGGAGAGUGUCCCCACAUCCACCACAGAGCUUAGCACAAUGCUGUUACCCCGUCCUUCGUCCACACAGGAAUCAGAGCGGAGGGGGAGGGCGCUCAGCGCUGCCAGCUACCUCACUGAUGCCAUGGAAGAACUGGAGGAGGCCCAUAAGAAGUGCCACCCUUGCUGGUACGUGUUCGCCCACCGGUACCUGGUGUGGGACUGCUCUCCCACCUGGCUAAAAGUAAAGCAGCUGGUGAAGAUCAUGGUGAUGGACCCCUUCCUGGACCUGGCCAUCACCGUCUGCAUUGUCCUCAACACGCUCUUCAUGGCCAUGGAACACUAUCCCAUGACUGACGAGUUCAAUGGCAUGCUGACCAUCGGAAACCUGGUGUUCUCAGGGAUCUUCACAGCAGAGAUGUUGUUGAAGAUCAUUGCUCUUGAUCCGUACUACUACUUUCAGACGGGCUGGAACAUCUUCGACAGCAUCAUCGUCUGCCUCAGCCUCAUGGAGCUCGGCCUGUCUGAUGUGGAGGGGCUCAGUGUGCUGCGCUCCUUCAGACUGCUUCGUGUGUUCAAGCUUGCUCGUUCGUGGCCAACCCUUAACACCCUGAUCAAGAUCAUUGGUAACUCCAUGGGCGCUCUGGGCAACCUGACGCUUGUCCUCGCCAUCAUUGUCUUCAUCUUCGCUGUGGUUGGGAUGCAGCUGUUUGGUAAAAACUACCAGGACUGUGUGUGUAAGAUCUCAAAGGACUGCGCUCUUCCUCGCUGGCACAUGAAGGACUUCUUCCACUCGUUCCUCAUUGUCUUCAGGGUGCUGUGCGGCGAGUGGAUAGAGACCAUGUGGGACUGCAUGGAGGUCGCGGGUCAGCCGCUGUGCAUCCUGGUCUUCAUGCUGGUCAUGGUUAUCGGAAACCUGGUGCUGUUGAACCUCUUCCUGGCUCUGCUCCUCAGCAGCUUCAGCUCCGACAACCUGUCAGCUCCCGAUGAUGAUGGCGAGAUGAACAACCUACACAUCGCCAUCCACAGGAUCACUAGAGGCCUGGCCUGGUGCCGCAGACAGGUGGUGGAUUUCUUUAAUGGGAAUCUAAAGCGCCGCCGUCAGAAGAGAAAAGAGGCCAAAGCCAUGAUGAAGCUCAAACGCUUGAGCACCAUCCACACUGAGGCCAAUGGAGCUGUCAUAGGCCGUCAUGUGGAGAAGUAUGUGGUGCCAGAGGAUGACAGCUACAUGACAAACCCAAACCUGACCAUCAGCGUCCCUAUCGCCCCCGGAGAGUCGGACGUGGAGUUCCCAGAGGAGGAGGAGGAGGAAGAGGAAGGGGAGGGGGAGGAGGAGCAGAGCGAGGGCUCUGAGGAAGAGGAGGAAAGGGAGGAGCAGAAAGAUGACAUCAGUCUAUCAGAGGGCAGCACGGUGGACCUCAGGAAGCCUGGAGAUGAAGAGGAUGAGUACUCAGAGAUGGCUGAGGAGGCCAUGGACCCCGACAACUGCUUUCCGGACAUGUGCGUGACGAGGUUUCAGUGCUGUGACAUCGACACAACGGCAGGCCCUGGUCAGAUGUGGUGGAGACUGAGGAAGACUUGUUACCAGAUUGUAGAGCACAGCUGGUUUGAAACCUUCAUCAUCUUUAUGAUUCUGCUAAGCUCCGGAGCUCUGGCCUUUGAGGACAUCUACAUUGAGCAGAGGAAGGUGAUCAAGGUGGUGCUGGAGUUUGCAGACAAGAUCUUCACCUACAUCUUCAUCCUAGAGAUGUUGCUCAAGUGGCUCGCCUAUGGCUUCAAGAAGUACUUCACCAACUACUGGUGCUGGCUUGACUUCCUCAUUGUUGAUGUCUCAUUGGUCAGUUUGGUGGCCAAUACAUUGGGUUAUUCAGACUUUGCAGCCAUCAAAUCCCUGCGGACGCUACGGGCCCUGCGGCCCCUCAGAGCCCUCUCCAGAUUUGAAGGCAUGAGGGUGGUGGUGAACGCUCUGAUUGGGGCGAUUCCCUCCAUCAUGAACGUGCUGCUGGUCUGUCUCAUCUUCUGGCUCAUCUUCAGCAUCAUGGGCGUCAACCUGUUUGCCGGCAAGUUUGGCCGCUGCGUCAACCGCACAGGCCACAUGUAUGAGUCCUCCGUUAUCAACAACAAGUCCGAGUGCGAGGCAGUUAACGACACCUCGCUCUACUACUGGACCAAAGUGAAGGUCAACUUCGACAACGUCGGGGCAGGAUACCUGGCUCUGCUGCAAGUGGCAACCUUCAAAGGCUGGAUGGAGAUUAUGUAUGCAGCGGUGGAUUCACGAGCUGUUGAGGAGCAGCCUAUCAAGGAGAUCAAUCUGUACAUGUACCUGUACUUCGUCAUCUUCAUCAUCUUUGGCUCCUUCUUCACCCUCAAUCUCUUCAUUGGUGUCAUCAUCGAUAACUUCAACCAGCAAAAACGGAAGUUAGGAGGACAGGACAUCUUCAUGACAGAGGAGCAGAAGAAAUACUACAAUGCCAUGAAGAAACUGGGCUCCAAGAAACCUCAGAAACCGAUCCCCAGACCUCUGAACUCUCUGCAGGGCUUCUUCUUCGACUUGGUGGGGAAGCAGGCAUUCGACAUCAUCAUUAUGGUGCUGAUCCUCUUUAACAUGAUCACCAUGAUGGUGGAGACGGACGAGCAGUCACCUCAAAUGGAGUACAUCCUGAACAACAUCAACCUGGCCUUCAUCAUCGUCUUCACCAUAGAGUGCCUCAUCAAGAUCAUGGCGCUGCGCUGCUACUUCUUCACUGUCGGCUGGAACAUCUUUGACUUUGUGGUGGUCAUUCUCUCCAUCGUCGGUAUUGUGCUUGCUGACAUCAUUGAGAAGUACUUUGUUUCGCCAACGCUGUUCCGAGUGAUUCGACUGGCUCGUAUCGGAAGGAUUCUGCGUCUCAUCAGAGGAGCUAAGGGCAUCCGGACGUUACUGUUUGCCCUCAUGAUGUCCCUUCCUGCUCUGUUCAACAUCGGGCUCCUCCUCUUCCUGGUCAUGUUCAUCUACGCAAUCUUUGGCAUGGCCAAUUUCGCUUACGUGAAACGGCAGGCAGGCAUUGACGACAUGUUCAACUUUGAGACAUUUGGGAACAGCAUGAUCUGCUUGUUCCAGAUCACCACAUCUGCCGGCUGGGACAGUCUGCUUAGCCCCAUCCUCAACAACUCCCCUGAGGAGUGCAACCCCAACAUCCCCCACACUGGCACCACCGUCAGAGGAAACUGUGGGAACCCGUCGGUGGGCAUCACCUUCUUUGUCACCUACAUCAUCAUCUCCUUCCUCAUCGUGGUGAACAUGUACAUCGCCAUCAUCCUGGAGAACUUCAGCGUGGCCACGGAGGAGAGCACCGAGCCGCUGAGUGAGGACGACUUUGAAAUGUUCUAUGAAGUUUGGGAGAAGUUCGACCCUGAGGCCACACAGUUCAUCGAGUAUGCCAAGCUGUCCGACUUUGCCGACUCGCUGUCAGAGCCGUUGCGCAUCAGCAAGCCUAAUAAGAUCAAGCUGAUCUCUAUGGACCUGCCCAUGGUCAGUGGGGACAAGAUCCACUGCCUGGACAUUCUCUUUGCCUUCACAAAGCGUGUCCUGGGCGAGUCAGGCGAGAUGGAUGCCCUCAAGCAGCAGAUGGAAGAGAAGUUCAUGAUGGCCAACCCGUCCAAGAUCUCCUAUGAGCCAAUCACAACGACUCUGAGACGUAAACAGGAAGAAGUCUCCGCCACAGUGAUCCAGAGAUGCUACCGCAGACACCUGGUGAGGCGGCAGAUGAAGGCCGCCUCCUACCUGUACCGCCAGAUCACCACACCUCGGCACGCAGGAGAUGAAGGUGAAGAGGGAAUUUUUGGGGAGGAUGCACCUGAGAAAGAAGGGCUUAUUGCCGCCAUGAUGAGGGAGAACUAUGGCUCGAGUCUGUUAGGGAUGGAGCGCUCUGAGACAAUUUCCUCCACCUCAUCCCCACCGUCGUACGACAGCGUGACGCGAGCCACAUCAGAGACCUUUCACCCGCUUGCCGUCAAGACAGAAACAAUAGCUGCUGACACCGCGGGCAGCGAACCCAGUGAACAAUCAUCGUCGUUGGUUGACACUGACAGACAGCAGGAAGCUGUACCAUAGCAGGAACCAAAAAAGCAAAAAAUCUAACAAAUGAGGAUGUCCUCGAUUUGGGUUUGUUCUUUUGUUUACUGAAUGUACCAUAGCUGAGGAACGCUGAGGAGGCGGCGGAGAGAAGCUAUGAGCAAGGAACUGCAGGAGGAGUCAAGUGAAGGAGCAAACAAAGUGGAAUAUUUACUACCUUUAAUGUUAUUUCCUGUUCCCCGUGGAGAUUCCUGGACUCAACUUGUUUUCAGAGUUUCUUAAAGGGAAGCAGAAAAACUGCAAAGACAGAGAGGGAAACCCCGUCUGUCAAGUCAACUCUGCCUUUGCUGGAGUAAAAGACAGAAGAUCCCUGUGACCUCAUGGGUCUCUCAUGUCGACCGGAGCCGAGGGUUCGGAACACUGACUGACUUUUGACCUCGGCUACAGGGGGUCAGAGGGGUCAAAACAACUAUAUCAGAUGUAUCCAUCAUUUAUUGGCCUGGGGGGUUUACGCCCUCCCACAGUUGAUCAAUAUUCUCAGAGUACGCCUGGCUAUAAGAGUGACGGUGUUCCUAGUGGUGUUUCUCGACAGUUGACGGCUUUCCGACUGACUGAGACUCGAGAGAGGAGGGAAAAUAAUGACAACGUGAUUUAAAACAUGUUUUCGUAGUAAAAGUAUAACUUUGUUGAUGUUACCAGUCUUUUAAUAGCGGUACGAUUAUUACUAUUUUUUAUAUUUUUUAGAGUAAGUUGAAGAAAAAAAAUAAGCAGUCUCUCUCUUUCGACUUUGGAGUGGCACUAGCUAUGAGAAAGUGGCUGAACUACCAUGUUGUAAUAGAUGAAAGAAGAGGGUGCGGUCAGGAAAAAAAAAAACCCUGAAAAGCAACUUCAUCUGUUUUUGUUGGCAGUUUUUGCACCUUUAAGUUUACAUGUGCUGUCACUUUACUGCACCUGGGCAAAGACACAUUGAAAAAGGGGACAGGGAUGUUUCUAUUUUUUCUCUGAAAACCUUUGAGAUAACACCAAAAAAAAAAAAAUCUAAUACAAGUGCACAAAGAGAUUUUCUACAUAGUCCCAGACUCUUCCAACAUGUGUUUUGCCCUGGUGGUGAACAUCCUCAUCUCUGUCAGUUUUUACGCUGGUGGGUGAUUUGUCUAAAAGUCCUUCUGGAACUUCACGGACAAAAUGGAACAGAAGAUUUAUAUUCCUGCUGCAUUGCUGCACUGCAUGAGGAAGAAAUCAAAGGUUACUGGCAAGAAUAAAGUGCUUCAA